CCAGUGUGAAGUUAUGGGCCAUCGACAGACAGUGUUUCCAAACCAUCAUGAUGAGGACAGGACUCAUCAAACAUGCAGAGUACAUGGAGUUAUUGAAAAGUGUCCUGACGUUCCGGGGUCUUCCAGAACAAAUACUGAGCAAGCUGGCUGAUGUCCUUGAGGAGACCCACUAUGAGGAUGGCGACUACAUCAUUCGCCAGGGGGCAAGAGGAGACACAUUCUUCAUUAUCAGUAAAGGAAAGGUGACGAUGACUCAAGAGGACUGUCCAGGUCAGGAGCCCGUCUAUUUGCGUUCUAUGGGGAAAGGAGACUCGUUUGGGGAAAAAGCCCUACAGGGGUGAGAUUGUCCUCUACACUACUGUUAAAGUCAGA